UCCUGAGAGAACAUGGCUCCUGCUGUCAACGUGUUGAUCACAGUGUUUCUGUCAGCGCUCCUGAUCCUGGGAGGUCUUGGAGUGCCAGCAGCAUCUGACUUGCAGGUCUAUGGGAAGUCAAUCCACAGUGAUACAACUUUGCUGAGCAUCAAUGAUGGAAGACGCACUGUGAGCAAACAGCCACACCAUCAGACAAAAAGUGAAAUCCACAGGAGUUUGGAUCUUAACAGCUUCAAUGUACAUGUGACCCCCGCCCCCAGCAAAAUCAGCCUCCCAACUUUCAUCAAGCUCCACCCGCCCAAAAUCAAACCUUCCCACCUGCACGCCAACAUGCCCAUGCGCUUUGGAAGAGAGAGUAUUCCUGAUAAUGACAAGGAACCAAAAUCGACCCCCAACAUGCCCCAGAGGUUUGGGCGGUCCUGGGAGGUGAUUCGAAUGUGUGCGGAGUGCCCUGAUGUCCGAGAAGCACUGAACCCAGUGCUGCCUCAGAGAUUUGGGAGAAGCGGCCCAUACUGGAGCCUUCUUAGGACUCUGGCCAAUGCACCGUUAGUAAACUCUGGCAUGCACUGGGCUGACGUUUUUGACUUUCAAGCCAGCUCAGAAGAGGUGGAGAUACGGGAAAAGACUUUUAAAGGAUGAAAGAAGAUGAGAUAGGCCAACAGCGAGG